AUGAGCGAACCCAAGACGGAAACGUUAGCAGCCCCCGAGGCAUCACCUCAGACAGAAGCCAGCGCAAUUGACGAUGACGUUGCCUCGAUACCCUCUUGGCGAAGAUGGGUCAUCCUCUUUGUCGUCUGCUGGAUGCCUUUGCCUAUGACAUUCUGGAGCACGGCCAUCAUGCCUGCCACCAUCGAAGUGGCCUCGGACCUGAACAUAGCCGUGACUACCAUCACAACAGUCAACGCUGGAGUCUUUGUUGCACAAGCUCUAUCAGGACUGAUCUGGUUGCCGAUCAGCACCAUUAUCGGUCGGAAAUCUGCAUAUCUUGCUGCCAAUGCUGUGCUUUGUCUCUGUGCAAUUGGAUGCGCUGUGGUCCCGAAUCCAGCUGGAUUUGCAUCCCUUUGGAUUCUUGGUGGGACAGCAGGACCCUUCUUUUUGGUAGCGGGACAAACUAUCCUUGCUGACAUUUUUGAUCCUACGGUCCGCGGAACAGCUGUGGGUUUCUUUCUAGGAAGUUGUGUUUCUGCCAACACAAUUGCGCCGCUCCUUGGUAGUGUCAUUGCUACAUAUACUAGCUGGAGGGUCAUAUACGGCGUGGAGGCCGGCAUGUCUCUCUUUGGUCUCAUUCUUUCCUUGCUGUUCAUCCCUCGAGCAAGUGAAGUUGAGAAUCCAAAACUCGCCGAGCCACGUCCUAGGACAAGGAGAGAAAUUGUCCAAACUUUCAACCCUAUGCAUGUCUUUUGUCAAUACUCGUACCCCAAGGUUAUCAUCGCAAAUAUCGCAUGCGGUCUCUUGGGUUUUAACCAAUAUGGUCUUCUAAGUUCUGUUCGACGCAUCAUCAACCCUCGCUUUAAGCUCGACUCUCCUCUUUCCAGCGGUUUGUUCUAUCUUGCCCCAGGUGCAGGUUUCCUUGUUGGAAGCACAGUGGGGGGCAAGAUCUCUGAUGUUGUGGUCAAGAGAUAUAUACGCAAGCGAAACGGAGAAAGGUGUCCUGAAGAUCGACUGAACAGCAGUUUGCCCAGCAUUCUGAUCAUUUUGCCUCUGGGUACUCUGCUUUACGGAUGGAGUGUUCAUAACAGAAUAGGCGGAAUGGCUUUACCGAUUGUCAGUUCUUUCAUUGAAGGGUUUGGACUCAUGGCAUCGUUCAGUGGAUUGAAUACAUAUGCUGCUGAAGUACGACCUGCACAUAGAACUGCUGUUAUCACGGGCAAAUAUGUCAUUCAGUAUGGCUUUGGUGCCAUAAGUGUUGGUGGAGUAGUUCCCAUGAUUGAUGGCGUCGGAGUAGGAUGGGCGUUCACUGUCACCACAAGUCUAUCCCUUGGCCUGUCUGAUGAAGAAAGUGCAUGGAGAGAACUUCGAGGAAAGACAAUGAUGUCUAACUUGGAGGACUACUUGAAGCUAGCCAAAAUCAACGAUUUCGACAUCAACGAGUACAUGGACAAACUCAAAGAAGAGGACGUCCCGAUUGUUGGUCUUUCUGUCUCCGGUGGUGGUACUCAGUCUGGUCUAGGCGGCCUUGGUGUCUGGAAAGCCUUUGAUUCUCGUUCUGAUGCAGCCAUUUCUGCUCGCACUGGAGGCCUAGCUCAACUUUUGUCCUACAUCACUGGUCUAUCAGGCGGUGGUGCUGUCACUGUCGGCCUCCUCGCGGCAAACAAUUUCACUACAACAGACAACAUCCAAAAGGCCACCAACUUCUCAACCUCUUACGCUGAAGGUCCCGACGGCAACCAGACAGAAUUUCUGAACACCAUCUUCGAAAACACUGGCGCCAAAGAUGAAGCCGGCUUCCCGGUGUCUGUUGGUGAUACCUUUGGCCAGUUCUGGGGAACAUGGCUCCCUGAGGACCAACUCUUUAGUAACUACUCAGAUAUUGCCAGCAAUGGUACAGCUUUUGCUAUGGGCGAUGCUCCCAUGCCCAUCAUGUGCUUUGCAGAGGUCGUACCUGGCAAAUCACCUGAGAUCGGAAAGCUCAUGUUUCCAACCCGCAACACUUCCAACCUCUUCAACUUGACCGCCUAUGAAGUCACGCCUUAUGAGUUUGGGUCUUGGGCCGGUGGCCGCGUACAAGCAUUCAUACCCACCAAGUAUCUCGGCACAUCCAUGUCUGACGGCAAACCACAGAACAGGAGCGAGUGUGUAGAGGGCUUCGAUAAACUUACUUUCAUGCAAGGAACAACUACCAACGCUUUCACUGCAUGGUUCAUCGACUCCUUCUAUGGAGUUCCGAUAUUUGCAAAGCGUUCAUUGGAUAAAAGACAACAGGUGAACCCGGAUAUCAACGACGUGCCUAUCCCAAAUGAUGAGUACAAUAAUCCGUUGGUGCAACUGGUCAACCAGACGGCUUUAUACUUUGACUUGACUUUCAACCAGUCACUUUGGGCGACUUAUCCCAACCCUUUCGAGGGCUACAACGAGGACAUGAAGGAUGUUUCGGAGCUUCUACUCGUCGAUGGCAGUCUUUCCCUAGACACGAAUCCUCUCCGCCCUUUGAUCAUUCCUGAACGAAAACUCGAUUUGAUAAUUGUGUAUGAAGCAACAUCUGACGCGCCAAACGGAUGGGUCAAUGGAACAAACCUGAGACACACGGCCAUCGCCGCUUCUCAAGGCAACAUUCCGUUCCCUGAAAUUCCCGAUGUGAACACAAUCGUUGCUCAGAACCUCUCUUUUCAGCCCACAUUCUUCGGAUGCAAUGCCAGCAAAGAGACACCUCUUCUUCUCUGGCUUCCUAAUGCACCGUGGACGGGCUACACCAACUACUCUUAUAUGCAAGCAGAGUUCACCACGAACCAACUGGACAUUGCUUUCGAUAACGCUUUCCAGGUUGCCACAUACGGUAACGGAAGUGUAGAUGAGAAUUGGCCCGCAUGUCUGGCAUGUGCUGCUAUCAAGGGUUCCUUGCGAAGGGUUGAUAUUGACCUGCCCAAGCAAUGUGAUGAGUGUUUCAAUAAGCAUUGCUGGAACGGAACCACAAGUUCACGAAAGGCUACCGCUGCUGACUUUGAUUUGAAGCCGAGACUUGAUCCUGGACUGACAUUUGAGAAGUGGAAUGAAAGUGAUUGGUCUUCUGAGUCGAGGACUGGCGGUAGCGGGAAUGGCAAGGAAGACGAUUCUGCCGGAGUGAAGAUUGGAAACAACGUUGUUGGCCUUGUUCUAUCUGUGGCUGCGAUGAUUUAUAUGCUGUAG